AUGAUGGGGUUCAAUGUAGGGGUCCAUCCCACCAUCCAACAAGAGAGAGACAUGUUGCUCUCAAAUCAAAGGAACCUGUCUCCUCUUAUUCGUCACUCAACUGAAGCCUUCCAAACAACCAUGGUUGGAAUCAAGGCCAUGAUAAGUAAGACCGUUAUGACGACACAAUCCGCAAGAGGCCCAAGCCACCACGAUGGUGUGGCAUCAAAUCAACCACCGGGUUCCAUUGCUGAAACCGUCAUUGCAGUCAUGGCACUGGCCCAUGCCGUUGCUUCACUUUACCGAGAGUGCUGUGCUUGCCCAUACAGUCGCUCCACCGCUUGGCCCCUUGGCUGCAGGCGCCACUCCACCACAAAGCGUUGUCAAUGUGAGCCUUGCGCCGCCGCAAGGCCUCUUGGCCAAGACCACAGUUUAAGCACACGGCUCUAUGGCUGCCAUAGCCUUGCAGCCACAUGGCCUUGUUGUUGGCUCCAGCAGCCACCUUCCCGACGGUCUCGUGGCCGAAUUCGAUGUUCACCACUGCGACGACACCAUAGUUCACUCCGACACCAUCUCUCAUGGCCGCUUUGGAACCACUUCCGAUUAUGGCCCAAUUUUGGAGUAGAUACUUUCGUUCCCUCCUUUACCAACACGCACGACUUUUUCAGCUCCUUGGCACACCUCAAACGAAAGCCUAGCUUGCGUGCAAUUGGGCUAUACACAAUUCUCUCCUCCUUAUCCACGCAGUCAAGUAGACCUUACUCUCAAAGUCGACCAACUAACUCAAAGAAUUGA